AUGUAUGCACUGUCUAUGGACAAAUUUUCAGUGAUAAUGGACGACCUGAGAGAGAAUGUAAACCAGGCAAUGACCCAACCUGAGCUCUUUGCUCCUAGUAUUCCUCAAGCUUUCACCGACACCUUGGUACUUAUGAGCAGCUUUCUGACAUGUACACCAGUACUUGCACCAACAAGUGACCUGAGGGAGAAUAGAAGAUUGGCUCUUGCUUAUGCCUUAUGUUCUGUUCACCUUCUGCAGAGCGUCAUGGGUUGGCACUGGGCCCAAGUCAGCCAGGGUGAAGGACCUGUUCCACAAUUGGAGUGGCUCAUUGUACACACAGGGUAUCUCAGCACUAAGUUUCUGCGUAAGGGAGGUUUGAUGGAGAAGACAGAUUAUGGUGAAUAUUAUGCACGUGCACAGAGGCUUUGA